CACAGCCAGCGAGGACAGGGCAGCUUCCGCGAUCUGCCCACGGGGCUCGGAGGUGGGGAGCCCUGUCUCCCGGUCCACCAGUCCUGCGAUCUGGCUUUCGGCUUCUGUUGCCAGCCCUGGGGUCUCGCUGGCUUUGCCCUGCGGGUGCUGAAGAUCCCUGGUGGCCGCCCGACUCCCGAGCGCCAGGAAAUGGAACUGUUGACAUUCAGGGAUGUGGUCAUUGAUUUCUCUGAAGAGGAAUGGGAAUGCCUGGAGCCUGCUCAGCAGAAUUUAUACAGAGAUGUGAUGCUGGAGACCUACAGAAACCUGGUCUUCCUGGCCAUGAACUUUCAUCAUACCCAGAAAAUUACACCAGAGCCUGGCAUAGAACAUUUAUUUAAAAAAGUGAUAAAUAGAAAAUAUGGAAAUUGUGUCCUUGACUAUUUACAACAGAAGAAAGUAUGGGAUAGUAUAGGUGAGAGUGAAAUUCAGAAAUUAUACUAUAAAGGACAAGAAAAAUUAGUGGUGACUGUCUAUAAUGAAAAUUUUACUGUCAGUAGGCCUCAAGAACAUUUAAUACCUCAGAAAAGAAUUCAAUAUAUAACUGAAGGACAAGUUUCUAAAAGUGAUCACUUUGAAAAAUUUUUAAAAAAUGAUCCAUUAUUCAGAAGUGAACAAAAAAUUCCUUCUUGUGCCCAAACAUAUACUUUUAAUGAUUGUGGCAAGGCCUCUGUGUACUCAUUACUGCUUAAUCAAAACUCAAACAUAGAAUUCUGGAAAGUAUGGAACACGCAUAAUGAAACAAGAAACACCUUUAGCCAGGUUUCCACUCUAAACAAUUACCAGUGUACUUAUAUUGGAGAAAAAAUUUAUAAAUAUAGAAAAACACAGAAGAACUCUAGCUCUGGUUGCAAUAUGAGAGAACAUAAGUGUGGCCAUUGUGCACAGAACCCUUUCAGAAAUGACAAAUGUGGGAACGUCUUUCCUCAGUGCUCAAAGCUUAUGACCCAUCCAAGUACUCAGGGCCAAGAGGCACCUUGCAAAUGUGAGGAAUGUGAGAGAGCUUCUAAUCCAGCUGCUAGCCUUCCUCAAUACAGUGGAGCACAUUCUGGAAGGGAGCCCCCCAAAUUUAAGGAGUGUGUCCAAGCAUGGAGUUGCUCACCCCUUUCUAAACACCACAAGUUCCAUAGAAGUGAUCAACACUACAAAUUUAAAGAAUGUGGCAAAACUUUUAAUCAACAACCACCCCAAGUUAAGUACCACAGAAUUCAUACUGGAGAGAAUCCCUACAAGUGUGAAGAAUGUGGCAAAUGCUUUAAAAAUCACUCAACCCUUUUCAAACACCUGAGAUGGCAUAGCAGAGAGGAAACCUACAAAUGUAAAGAAUGUGGAAAAGUUUGUACGAGUUUUUCAACUCUUACUCAACACCAAACUAUUCACACAGGAGAGAAGCUCCACAAAUGUGAAGAGUGUGGCAAAAAUUUUACUCAAAGAGCAUACCUUACCCAACACAAGAGAAUUCACACAGGAGAGAAGCCCUACAAAUGUGAAACAUGUGGCAAAGCUUUUAAUCGAAGAUCACACCUUACUCAACACCAGAGACUUCAUACUGGAGAGAAGCCCUACAAAUGUGAAGAAUGUGGCAAAGCUUUUAUAGAUCAUUCAUACUUUACCAAACACCGGAGAAUUCAUACUGGAAAGCACCCCUACAAAUGUGAAGAAUGUGGCAAAGGUUUUAAUCAAAGUUCACACCUUACUCAGCACCAGAGUAUCCAUACUAGAGAGAAGCCCUACAAAUGUAAUGAAUGUGGGAAAGGCUUUAAUCUAAGAGCAUGUCUUACUCAACACCAGAAAGUUCAUACUGGAGAGAAGGCCUACAAAUGUGAAGAAUGUGGAAAAGCUUUUAUUCAAAGAGGGAACCUUAUACAACACCAGAGAAUUCAUACUGGAGAGAAGCCCUACAAAUGUAAUGAGUGUGGGAAAUGUUUUACUCUAAGAACAUGUGUUAUUCGACACCAGAGAAUUCAUACAGGAGAGAAGCCCUACAAAUGUGAAGAAUGUGGCAAAGAUUUUAAACUAAGGGCAUGCCUUAUUCAACACCAGAGAUUUCAUACUAAAGAGAAGCCCUACACAUGUCAAGAAUGUGGGAAAAAUUUUAAUCUAAGAGCAUGCCUUACUCGACACCAGAAAAUUCAUACUGGAGAGAAGCCCUACAAAUGUAAUGAAUGUGGCAAAGCUUUUAACCGAAGAUCUCGACUUACAAUUCACCAGAGACUUCAUACUGGAGAGAAGCCCUACAAAUGUGAAGAAUGUGGCAAAACUUUUAAUCGAAACUCAAAUCUCACAAAACACCAGAGAAUUCACACUGGAGAGAGGCCCUACAAAUGUGAAGAAUGUGGGAAAGGUUUUACUCAAAAAUCAUGCCUUAGUCGACACCAGAGAGUUCAUACUGGAGAGAAGCCCUACAAAUGUGAAAAAUGUGGGAAAAGUUUUAAUCUAAAAGCACAUCUUACUCGACACCAGAGAGUUCAUACUGGAGAGAAGCCCUAAAAUCUCUACAAAUGUAAAGAAUGUGGCAAAGGUUUUACUCAGAAAGGAAGUCUUACUCAACACCAGCGAGUUCAUACAGGAGAGAAGCCCUACAAAUGUGAAGAAUGUGGGAAAGCUUUUACUCAGAGAGGAAGCCUUACUCAACACCAGAGGAUUCAUACUGGAGAGAAGCCCUACAAAUGUGAUGUAUGUGGCAAAUGUUUUACUAAAAGAAGUUAUCUUACUCAUCACCAUAGGAUUCAUACUGGAGAGAAGCCCUACAAAUGUAAUGAGUGUGGCAAAGCUUUUAAUAAAAGAGAUCAACUUACAAUGCACCAUAGAAUUCAUAGUGGAGAGAGACCCUAUAGUUGUGAAACAUGUGGCAAAGGUUUUACUCAAAGAUCAUGCCUUAAUCAACACCAGAGAAUUCAUAGGAGAGAGAAGCCCUACAAUUGUGAAACAUGUGGAAAAGGUUUUGCUCAAAGAUGUUACCUUGCUCAACACCAGAAAAUUCACAGUAUAGAGAAGCUCUACAAAUGUAAUGAAUGUGGGAAAGGCUUUACUCAUAAAGGAAGCUUUACUGAACACCAGCGAAUUCAUACAGGAGAGAAGCCCUUCAAAUGUGAAGAAUGUGGGAAAGGUUUUACUCAUAGAGGAAGCCUUCCUCAACACCAGAGAAUUCAUACUGGAAUAAAGCCCUACAAAUGUGAUGUAUGUGGCAAAUGUUUUACUAAAAGAAAUUACCUUCCUCAACACCAGAGGAUUCAUACUGGAGAGAAGUCCUACCAAUGUAAUGAGUGUGGCAAAGCUUUUAAUAAAAGAGAUCAGCUUACAAUACACAAGAGAAUUCAUAGUGGAGAGAAGCCCUACAGUUGUGAAACAUGUGGCAAAGGUUUUAUUCAAAGAGCAAAGCUUAUUCUACACCAGAGAGUUCACAGUGGAGAGGAGCUCUACAAAUGUAAUGAAUGUGGGAAAGGCUUUAAUCUAAGAGCAUGGCUUACUCAACACCAGAAAAUUCAUACUGAGCCCUACAAAUGUGAUGUAUGUGGCAAAUGCUUUACUCAUAGAUAUUAUCUUGCUCAACACCAGAGGAUGCAUACUGGAGAGAAGCCCUACAAAUGUGAAGAAUGUGGGAAAUGUUUUAUUAUGAGAGCACACCUUACUCAACACCAGAUAAUUCAUACUGGAGAGAAGCCCUACAAAUGUGAAGAAUGUGGGAAAUGUUUUACUAUGAGAGCACACCUUACUCAACACCAGAUAAUUCAUAGUGGAGAGAAACCCUACAAAUGUGAAGAAUGUGGCAAAGGUUACUCUCAUAGACAGUACAUUAUUCGACACCAGAAAAUUCAUAGUGGAGAGAAGCCCUAUGAAUGUGAAGAAUGUGGGAAAUGUUUUACUAGGAGAGCACACCUUACUCAACACCAGAUAAUUCAUACUGGAAAGAAGCCCUACAAUUGUGAAGCAAGUGGCAAAGGUUUUACUCAAAGAGCAUGCCUUCUUCAACACCAGGGAAUUCAUACUUGAAAGUAUUGCUACAAAUGUGAAGAAUGUGGCAAAGCUUUUAAUCAAAAACCACACUGUACUCAAUACCAGAGAAUUCAUAACUGGGAGAGGAAGAGAGCAGCUCCAAUACCCCUGACCCCAGGGAGCACAGCCCACACAUCUACAGCUGCAUGCUUGCAUCAGCCACCCAGUUCCUGCUUCUAUUCUGCCAUUUGCAGAAGUCUCUCCAGUUCCUGAAACCUUCCCAACCUACCUGAUCCUGGGGCCCAGCUGGAAUGAGUGUUUCUGCUGGAGUCUUCCCUGCAGACACUUCUUUUCACCCCUCUGAACUCAGCUGUGCCAUCACCGUGCAGUUUGUUAAACAGCUUGGGUGUUCUGGGCCCAACGAGUCUACUUUGAGACUCAGUAUAAUUUCUUUAAGAUAAUUUCAGCACUUCUCCAACAAGAGUAUUACACUUCUGGGCUGGGGAUGUGGCUCAAGUGGUAGCG